AAGUGCAUUUGAGGGUGAUGUUAAGACUCCAGUAUUGGUUUGUCUUUCUGGAACACAUAAGGUGGAAAUAGUUGGUAUUUAGAUGCUAGAGUCUCCACAACAUUUUUGCAAAUGGGUCUGCAUCAAUUCAAAAUGUGUCAAAGCUGAUUUAGGAUUUGUAUUGGACUUCCUAUGCUAAACCACCAAAUUACAAGUAGAAGAAAAGAAAAUUUGCAAACAUGGAUGCUUUUGAAGAAUCAAAGAAUGAUAUCAAUAUCUGGAAUUUUUUUUCGCAAUCUUCUACAACCAUUUUCCUACAUGAGUUUUCUGCUUCUUCACACAUAAUUUUGUUAUUAUUUUUAUCCAUUUCACGGGCUUACAAGAAAUGCACGAUGCCUACCUUUGAAGAUUCAAAGCGAAUGUUGAAGCAUACAUACAUUUUAAACCAUGAGUCAUCCCUUAUAUCUUGCAUGGGUCUAUCUUUUUGUGACCUUCUCCUAUGUGUGUUAAACUACCUCUCUGGGUAUAGACAUGGUUGGUCUGAUCUAAAGGUCCGGUAUGCCCCACACCUUCCUCUUGUCUUGCGAGAUCACAUAUGCACUUUCCUCGGAGGGAUGAAGAUUGGCAUUGUUGGGCGAACAGAAAGUGGUAAAUCAACUCUCGUAGAAGUCCUCUUCCGCAUGCUUAAACCUACGAAUGGUCAGAUUUUGAUAGAUGGCAUUGACAUCUCCAAGGUCGGCCUUCAUGACUUGCGGUCAAGAUUGAGCAUCAUACCACAGGACCCAAUAAUGUUUGAGGGGACUCUAAGAAGCAAUCUGGACCCACUUGAAGAGUACACUGACGAACAGAUCUGGGAGGCUUUGGAUAGAUGCCAACUCGGUGAUGAAGUUAGAAAGAAGGAAGGGAAGCUUGAUUCUGCAGUGACUGAGAAUGGAGAGAAUUGGAGCAUGGGUCAAAGACAGCUAAUCUGUUUAGGACGUGUAGUACUGAAGAGAAGUAAAGUGUUAGUACUUGAUGAAGCUACUGCAUCAGUUGACACUGCGACUGACUAUCUAAUUCAGCAAACACUGAAACAACAUUUCUCUGGGUCUACUGUUAUCACAAUCGCACAUAGGAUAACAUCAAUUCUUAACAUUGAUAAGGUCCUCCUUCUCGAUAAUGGCCUUGCAUUGGAAUAUGAUUCUCGAACAAAUUUGUUAGAGAACAAAUCUUCAUCAUUUGCAAAGCUUGUUAAAGAGUAUGCUCAAAGAUGUAGUUCUUAGUUUUUGAAAGGCUAAAUAAAAGAGUUUUAAAUGUUCAAACAUGGACAGGUG